AUGCCCGCUGAAGCAAUACGAUGUGAACCUGAGCACGCGGAGAUCGCCUCGCUGCCCAGCCUGCGAGGACUGCCGGAGAGGGUGGCCCAGAGGAAGUUCGAGCUCGUGAAACGCGGAGUUCAACUGAAAGACGAGCUUCAGCUCUUCCCCGAGCAACGCACCCACCGUGAUGCUCUCUGCACGAUGACAUUUGUGGGUAGCUUCCUGCUUUUUAUUGCUUUGGGCAUCUCGUCCAGAGCACAGCCUGGCUCGGCAACGACUCUGCUCGCGGCUCCUCCAUUUGAUACCAGGCCAGCCGGGCCGACUGGCUUGUACAUAGAUGCCGCACGGCGGCUGACUAGUCAAGAAGACCGUGUGAGCUGGAACGUUCUUCUUUCGGUAGUGACUAUCAGCUCUGCUGGCGGCUUCCUGUGCGCACUGGUGGUCUUGCAGCUACUACAAUCUGGCGGAGAGCAAGUACUUUUUCAGAGCACUAUGCUCUUGCCGGCGCUGAGGCUGAUCACAGGCCUUUUUUGUUUGUGUUACCCCUGGAACAACUUCACCCCUCAAAAAUACAAACAUGGAAUGGACAAUGACACUAUCCGCUACCUGGCUUGCGGUUUCUACCUCUUGGUCGGUGCGUCGUUGACGAUAUGUUCUCUUUGCAACUGCUGCAUCUCCAUGCACGUGCGGCAUCUUGCCCGCCCAUGGCUUUCUCUUCAAGCAAGUUUGAUGAAAUGUGUUAGCAUUGUCGUACUCGCCAAUCCUGGCAUGCUCCUGGUACCCCUCGGAUUUGCGGUGCUGCUCUACUUCUGGAUUGUAGGCUGCAUCUCAGCUUUCACGUCCAUCUAUGAUAAUGAAGUUGAAGAAAGCUGGUGGCCGGAAACUGCAAUCAUCCCGACCAUUCUGCUCAUCAGCUGGGCGGGAGGUGUCGCCUCGUAUACUUCCAUCCUGGCCUUCUGCGGGGUGUACAGCCGAUGGUAUCAUUCGCGCCCCGAACCACCAGUGUUGGCGAGCCUGAGGAGUGCCGUCGCCUUUGGCUUCGGAACAGCAUGUCUGGCCUCUUUCCUGCGACCAACGUUUCGUACGAUCGAACUUUUGAGCAGGAUUAUCCAGCCGUCAGGCCCUGACUGCAAAGCAAAUCCCGUGAGAGCUUGCAUGACAUGCACCUGCGGCUGCGUGCUGGAGUUUGCAUUCUGUUUGGUUGGCGACGUUUCUCGAUUCUUCGAUACCUGGGCCUUCACGCAGUGUGCCAUCCGCAACGGUUCCUUCUUCCAGUCAUCAUAUAUAACGUUUGCUCUCUGCACAUGCUCCAACGUGACACUCCUUACGAGAAACCUCGUCCUGGAUUAUGUCACAGGUUCUGGCACCCAAGCGGGCGGCUUGCUGGGCUUGCUCGUUGGUGCAGUUGCGCACUAUUUAGGCAAGUUUCCGUGGCUUUACUGGGCACCAGCAACCGGCUUCGUCUGCGCGACGAUCAUGACCAGUAUUGUGCUCAGUGUGGCCAAGACGGGUUUCAAGUCCAUCCUGGCGCUGUGGGCGGAGAGUUGCGAGCUGCAGCAGCUGUCCCCAGAGACACAUGGUGCCAUUGGCUACCGCUACUGCGCUGAUGACAUCCUCUGCGCGCACUAUGCACUCAAAGCUGCCCCGAAGGCCCACAGCUUGUUAGAUUUGGGCUCUGGUAUUGGGACAAUAGGUCUCGCCUGGCUGGCGCAGCAGCCGCGUGGAACUGCGAAGGUCACCAUGCUGGAGGCUCAAGAGGUCAGCGUGUCUCUUUGUCGCAGGACGCUCCGAAUGUGUCAGGUUCAGGAUGAGGUGGAGCUAAGGCAUGCAGACCUACGAGACCAAGAUUCCUCAUCCUUGGGAAAGUUCGAUGUGGUCACAGCCAACCCGCCGUACCUCAGCCGAAAUGCUGGAAAUCUGCCGGACAACUCCCAGAAGGCAUACUGCCGACAUGAAUUGCGAGGUGGUGUUGCAGAGUUCUGCGCAGUUGCCAAAGAUGCAAUGGCGCCUGGAGCUGUGUUUUGCAUGAUACAUGCAGCUCCCAGACUACCAGAUGUGCUGCAAGCGUUGCAGCAGUACAGCUUCGCUGUGCAGCGAAGAGUAGACGUCCUUUUCCGCGGGAAUCUGAAGAGCGUGGCAGUGGUUUGCUCUCUUGAGCCCGGAUUUACCAGACCUGCGGUCGACACCCUGAAUGUGCAAGAAGAAGAUGGCACGUGGUCUUCCGACUACAUUAAGCCGCAAAGCAGCUCCUUGUGGAGGCACUUGAAUAGGUGCUUGUGGCAAACCUGCCCUUGUUAA